AUGAGUAAAUCUAUUUUAGUUUUAGGUCUCUUCUUCAUUACGAACGCUCUGGGCCAAUCGAAGUGUCCCGGCGGGUGUCGAAUUAAUGUGCCGAGCACAUCGGUUUGCAUUGUGCAACAAGACCCAGCGCAGUGCCUGAAAAUCAAGGAAUGCACACUAAAUGAGAUGAAUUGUGUAAGGAAGCGACAGAAUAUACCACUGCUGAGCAGAUCGAAAAUCGAACGUUGCUCUCUCAUACGCGGCGCCACUGGCAGCGGACGUUGCAGCGUCGUCAAGAAGUGUCAGAAUAUAAAAUGUGUCAACGACAAGGUGGUCCGUUGCCAACAGGCUGGCAAGCAGUGUCGACUGCUAACGAACUGCGCAGCUCGAAAGGAAAACUGUAAUCGUCCACCGAAUAAUCAAAUGAAGAGCGUUGGCCUGGCAGCUUGUAAAGAUUUCAAACGUACCGAGGGCUUCAAACCAUGCAAAACCCGUGAAAGGAAGAAGAAGAAGAAGCCAAGCAGAAUUAAGAAGAUACUCAAAGGUUGA